CCUCCGGGAGCCCCGCAGGCCACGCCUCAGUUCGCCAGCGCCCCUCAGCCUCGCCGCUCAGCUCUUCGGGCUCCUCGGCCUUGCCGCUCGCCAUUGAUUUUCCUCAGACCUCUGACUUUAAUCCCUUUGCCCAGUCGAAGCCGGGCAGCGCCACGAGCAGAGCCAACAGCAACCCCAAGAGUGGUGCCUGAAGCGCAGCCUCCGCUCCUCCUCGAGCCCCACCAGCGGGAACUGCUAGCUGCCGCCAUCAUGUCUGCUGCAAAUCCUGAGACUCCAAACUCAACCAUCUCCAGAGAGGCCAGCACUCAGUCCUCAUCAACUACAACCAGCCAAGGCUAUGUUUUACCAGAAGGCAAAAUCAUGCCAAACACCGUUUUUGUUGGUGGAAUUGAUGUUAGGAUGGAUGAAACUGAAAUUAGAAGUUUCUUUGCUAGAUAUGGUUCAGUAAAAGAAGUGAAGAUAAUCACGGAUCGAACUGGUGUGUCCAAAGGCUAUGGAUUUGUUUCAUUUUAUAAUGAUGUGGAUGUGCAGAAGAUAGUAGAAUCACAGAUCAAUUUCCAUGGUAAAAAGCUGAAACUGGGACCUGCAAUCAGGAAACAAAAUUUAUGUGCUUAUCAUGUGCAGCCUCGUCCUUUGGUUUUUAAUCCUCCUCCUCCACCACAGUUUCAGAGUGUCUGGAGUAAUCCAAGCACUGAAACUUAUAUGCAGCCUCCAACCAUGAUGAAUCCUAUAACUCAGUAUGUUCAGGCAUAUCCUCCUUAUCCAAGUUCACCUGUUCAGGUCAUCACUGGAUAUCAGCUGCCUGUAUAUAAUUACCAGAUGCCACCACAGUGGCCUGCUGGAGAACAAAGGAGUUAUGUUAUACCCCCGGCUUAUACUGCUGUUAACUACCACUGUAAUGAAGUUGAUCCAGGAACAGAAGUUUUGCAAAGUGAAUGUUCAGUUCAUGAAGCUACUUCAUCCUCAGGAAAUGGCCCACAAAAGAAAUCUGUGGACAGGAGCAUACAGACUGUCGUAUCUUGUCUAUUUAAUCCAGAGAACAGACUGAGAAACUCUCUUGUUACUCAAGAUGACUACUUCAAGGAUAAAAGAGUGCAUCACUUUAGAAGAAGUCGAGCAGUGCUUAAAUCUGUUUGA